GAUCCUGGCUGUUGGCUCAGGGCUGCUUUCUUACUCCUUCUCCUCGCCGUCGUUUACACCCUCCUCGUCGUUCUCCCCAUCCCUCAAGCAUCCGUGAGCAUUGUGCUCAACAUUGUAGGCCGUCCGUCCGCCCUGGCUUUUCCUUCAGGACCGCCUAUCCUCAUCCCUGCCGCCGCCUUCACCCGAGAUUCAUAAUCUAUCACGGGCAGUCCAUGGACCCGCCCGUUUCAUCUUCUAAGGAAUUUGUUGAUGCCGCAAAGAGAACCUGGUCUCCGCUUAGACCGACUGUGAAUACUGCCCUUCUCUCUCCAACUUCUUCAUCGGCCACUCCCCUCGAUCGCAGCCCGCUUCCUACCUCCGUCACCAAUUCUUCCGCUUCAUCUCCUUGGUCACAGCAGAUGUCUCUCGCAGGCGGUGGUCAACCUCAGUCUUUGCCUUAUUCACUACAUAACCCCUCUCCCCAUCCAAACUCGAGGCUGCCGACUUCUGCUUCGCAUGAUUCACUCUCCUCUCUGCCCAACAAUAUUUGGUCUAAUGUCUUUUCUGCCCCUCUUGAUCCCUCUACCUUCGCUGCCCUUGCAGCUUCCGGCAUGAUUGGUCCCCCCACCCCCGGCGCCUCAAGCGUGCCUUCAAGAUCGUUUCGUUCUCCUGCAGAUCUUACCCCCAAUGCUCCUUCUCGCUCCACACAAUCCGCUUCUAAUGCUUGGCCAUCUGUGCCAGCAUCCUCCUCUGCUCUCUCGCAGAGCCGACCUCAUAUACAACCAAUAUCCGCCAAUGUCCCUUUUGGCAAGCGAGGAAGCGAACAUCAUGUUCAAAGCGUGAAUACAAUGCCUCUACAUCACGAUCGACACGGCUCCUCCAGUCAGACAUACUACGGAGCUAAUGGCCCCAUCAGCCCUUACGAUGGGUCGUUUGAUACUUUUCCGCAUGGUUUCUCCACACAUAGUCAGUCUGCCAUGUACGGCUCGCAUUCUCAUAUGCCAGAGCGUAUGACUCCUGGCAUACCUCCUUCGUUAUGGAUGUCACCAACAUCCACGGCACCAUCUUCGCCUCAGUUUCCCCCAACUAUGGCUAAUGUGAGCCAGAUGCUGCCACCACCAGCGCCGAAUUCACUAGGAGGAUCGUCUUCAAGCUCAUCACAUUCGAUAUUUGGGGGCUCAUCGAAAUCUACGGCACCGACGAGCGCAGAUAGCCCGAAGCCUAGUCGUCCGUUUGCGGACAUGUUCUCUGAUGAUAUCUUCAAUGUAACAAGUCCCAUAGCAACUGAAGCGGUCGCGAAAGGAUUCCCAUCGCCCAAGAUGACCGGUUCUCCUGACCUCAAAGCUGCUGAGUUGGCUUCGGGAGACGGUGAUCCUGAAAAGAUGGCGAAGGAAGAUCCUCUUGCUACGCAGGUGUGGAAGAUGUAUUCCCGGACAAAGGCUGCAUUACCUCAUGCGCAAAGGAUGGAGAAUCUGACUUGGCGGAUGAUGGCGCUCGCACUGAAGAAGAAGAAAGAGGACGAAGAAAAGGGGAAGACUGGCGAACAAAAUCCCUCGCUGGAGAAGGAGAAAUCAUCAGACGCACCGGAUGCGUCUUCAGCGCGACCGCCGGGCAGCGUAAAGGAAGAGGAGGUGACGGAGAGAGGGAGGACGAUUGACAAGGGAAAGCAAAGGGUUCAGAUUGUAGGGUUUGACGGUGCGAGUGCGGAUGCAGCGGAGGAAGUUGACGAAGUGCCAAUGGACUGGCGAGCUAUGAGCAGAUCACGGUCUCGCGUGCCGAUGGAUUGGCGCCCGCCUUCACGUUCACGAUCGCGUCCACCAAUGGCGGGAAUGCUCCCCGAUCAGCAGAACCAAUUCAAGUUCCCUACAAGCGGUUCCCCUCCCAAGGGCUUAUCCAGCUCCCCAAGCAUACCUAUACCCAGUACCUCUGCGUGGUCUUCAACCAGACGCAGUCCACCGUCUUCCAUCGCUGGUCUUUCCGGUCUUUCGUCUGUUUUAGAGAGCUCUGCUGAGCAACCUGCCCCUCGGCCUGCUCUUAUGCACUCCUUUUCGGGUUUGAAUAGUCCUGCAGGACACCCUGCAUCUCUCCCGUCGUUUGGCCUCCACGGAUUGCCAAAGGCGAGUGUAUCUACCGCCCCGUCGCCUGAAGAGCGGACUUUCCCGAAGCACGUUCGUAAGACGAGCUUUGAUCACACAGUGGCUAGAGAGGGCAUCUUUCCAGGGGUGAGUGGUCGACAUCAGGUCAAUGGCAAGCCUGUGUCCCCUGAAAGUGUCCUUGGCACCAAGCGACGUGCAGACGCUCCUCAUCUUGAGAGCAUGUUGCGCGGGGAUCCUCCACUCGAUGCUUCUUCUCUAGCGGGCCUUUCUCUGGAGCAACAACACCAACAACAUCACGACUUGGACCGCAAUUGCAAUAGUCCGUUCCCCUCUUCGGCUUUCAACUUCAGUUUCUCCUCCUUUGAUAACUAUCAUGACCUCCCUGGAAUAGGACAGUCACUCCCUAAUCAUCUUUCACAUCCUCUUAAACCAUACGACCUUUCCUUCAAUGAACACUUACGGUCGUCCAUGAACGGCACCUUCUCACCGAUAGGUACUGGUAAUGAAGGGCUUUCAGCGGCGGCCGCAGCCGCAACAGCAGCCAUGGCAGAAGGCUAUGCGCAGCUGAACGUUGCCAAUCUAACAGGCUUGGAUGACCCCGGAUUGGAGUAUCAGUCACUCAUGGGUAUGAGCAUGAUGUACCCCAAUCUCGAUGGUCAUUCAGGUCUCGGUCAACAUCCGUAUACCCACAUCGAUCCUACUCAGAUCCUACCGCUGGAUCAUCCUGAAGUGCUAUCGCAAAGCUUCCACCCUAGUCCAUCAAGUGAUGGCUGGGGUAAUGGCGUUGGAUCCAGCUCCAAUGCGUCACCUGAACCGUAUACGUCAAAUGCUUCGACGCCGCCGUCAAUAGACGGACAUCCGAGCGGGAAUCUCUCCAGGAAUCCAUCGAGGAAGAUUGCUUCUUCAAGACGUAUAUCUUCGGAAGUCACUGGACGAUCUAGUACGCACCGUAAGAGUACGACGCCUGAUUCGGUAGUGGGUGGCUCAGGACAUGCGAACAAGGGUGGGGAGGACGGAGAUACACCCCCGACCGUCUGCACUAAUUGCGGGACGACAAAUACGCCGUUAUGGCGUAGAGAUCCGGAAGGUCAACCGUUAUGUAAUGCUUGUGGAUUAUUCUUUAAACUACAUGGUGUUGUACGUCCUCUCUCGCUAAAGACGGAUGUAAUCAAGAAGCGGUGCGUGCAGCUUCGAUUCGACGUCAUCCCUUCGCCCAAUUUAAUUGUCUAUUUGAAUUUGUAGGAAUCGCGCCUCUGGAACGCCUCAUAACGCCUCACGUAAAGGAGGCAAUGGACCGAAACUUGCCGCGAAUGGCGUUCGGCCCAGAUCAUCUACCACUAGCUCUAUGCCGAGUUCACUGCGAUUGUCGCCCACGAACCGAAUAGGUCCAAGUGCUGCAGCAGGCAGUACGCUUUCUAUGAAGCGACAGCGACGGACUUCUAGUAGUGCUCAAAUGCAGUCAACUGUCACUCGCAAAGGUAGCGAGGAAGGAACGGGUCUUUCAUAAUUCUGUCUUGCGUAUGUUUUAGUAUUCUUCUCUUGCAUGCUUUCCAUCUCUGCUGUAUUUCUGGAUAGAGUCUCUGUUGUUGGUUUCUUUUUGUUUGUUUUGGCGGGCUCUGAACUCACCUUUCUUCAAUCUAAUCCACUCAUGUCAUUCCUUCCUGUGCUCCCUGAGUCUCUUGUAUGAUGAUGACAACGUAGAUAUCAUAGAUUAUUAUUCAACAGCUGUAUUUCUCUGUGACAAUCACGAAUACUCUUACGCAUCUG